AUGUCUAAGCCUUUCAAAGGCAACCUAUUUUGUCCUACGUGUAUCCCGCAGGAUAUAAAGGACGAUCUGGCUGAGAAGAUAUCUGACAUGGGUGGAACCCUCGUCAAUCCUUUGACAUCUGAUGUCAGAUAUCUAAUUGUGGGUGACAGAGAUAGCGACAAGUUUCGGUACUCUGUCAAAUACCGCCCCGAUAUCAUCUUUCUUCGACCUAAGAGUAUAAAGGAAAUCUAUGAAGAGUGGCUGCAAGGUACUAGGAAGGAGCUUUCUUUUAGUGGAUCUGAGCUACCUGUGUUCGAGGGCUUGAGGGUAUGCUUAACUAGAACAAAAGAGCCUUCCCAGAGGGAGGAAUUUCAAAAGUUAAUUGAAGACCGUGGUGGCAAAGUUAGUGAGGCCCUAACAAUGGGAAAGUCUUGUAUAGUUACUUCGGAAAAAUCUGGAAAAAGAUAUGAAAAGGCACUAGAGUGGAAGAUACCUACACUAGAUUUACGCUGGGUUACAGACUCUGUUAAACGGGGGGCAAUGCUAGAUAUGAACUUAUAUGAUAUUAGUAAAUUGCCUGCGAACCGUCUAGGAAAGGGAGCUUGUAAUUGGAGGGAACUGGAUGAAUUCGUUACGGAAGAGGAUGUGAGAAAGAAGUAUCAUGAUUGCAGUAAAUCACGGGAAAGAAAACGAAAUACGGAGGAAGAUCACUUGAAAGUUGUGAAACGCAAUCCCAAAAUUUGGAAAUCUAUCAUGGAAGGAAUUAAACCCUCAGAUUUUUCAGUGCAUGACAAGAAUGUCUGGGGUACUGACUCAAUAAGAAUAGAAGGCGGAGAAGUUAAAAAGAAUUUUGAAAAGGCCAAAAAGAUGCCUCUAGAGGGUGAGAUAGUGGGAGCCAAUUCUUUCCCAAGUGCUGGUAGAAUCUCAGUUGCGACAUCAAACAUAUUUUCUGGCUUUCAUUUUUUUUGCUAUGGAUUCAAUGAAUUCCAAGUUUCGAUACUAAGCAGAGUUAUUACUUUAUCUGGUGGGAAGUUCUGUGACAGUGGCAAGCAUGAAAACUUUGGCUGCAUGACCCAUUUGCUAGUUCCACAUAGUUUUACUCGGCGCUCUAUUCCAGGGAGGCUUUUGGAAAGUUUUCCGAAAACAACUGAGAUCAUCACAGACUGGUUCGUGGAACGAUCACUACAUUACAAGAAAAUAAUGAACGACCGUUGGGGCAGACCUCUUUGUUACACCAAGCUUGGUGUUAAUCUCAAGGUAUGUGUUACGGGAUUCUGUGGAGUGGAACUGUUGCACAUCAUUAAAUUGAUUAAAAUUUUAGGCUUCGAGUAUUGUGGCACACUAACAAAGGCUGGUCAUUUACUGGUUAUCAACCUCUCCGUCCUUGGGAUUGGGUUCAAGAAAGAUAGAUCUUCCAGCCUUUUCAGCUAUGAGUACUCCGAGAUAAUUGAUACACCCAGUGAUACUAAACUUGGCGCUAAGUCAACGAAGAACAAGAUAGUUGCCGCUAAGAAGUGGUCAAUUCCAAUAGUUUCUGCUGCUUUUCUUUGGGAAGCUUCUGAGCUGGGUGAACUCCCUAGUCUAUUAGACUACCGAUGGUGUAUUUUUGCGCCAAAGUUUGAUAGUGAUACUAGUUAUCAAAAACUUGGAGUCCAAACUGUCGGAACCGCGACUCCAAGUAGCUACAAUCAAACUGAUCCAGCAGUUAAUGUUGAAGUGGCGGAGCACUUACCGUCUCCUACAAAAGCAAAAAAGAAAUGGGGUCGCAUAGUAGGUCAAGCCUCGGUGACAUUACGAACAGAACAAGUUUCACCUUCUCCAUUACCUCCACCAGAUCCAAGCGAUUUCAUUGACUACCCCAAAAUUUCAUACGAUACAAGAUAG